AUGCGAAAGUUCCUUAGGACUGAUAUGGCUCGCACCACUGCUUACCAUCCCCAUCGUUCGCUAGAAAACGCCCUGACUGCAUAUCUGGACUCCGGCCACCGGAUGGACCACUUGAAUUCGGUUCUACUUGGCCUCCGUUUCGCCAUCCAAGAGGACAUCAACGCCAGCGUCGCCGCUCAGUAUAUGAGCAACCUCUUCGCCUUCCUGGAGAGUUGUUAG